ACGUGUGACAUCACGGGGUGACUUCCGCUGCGGAAGCCGCUGCUGCAUGUAAACAAAGCGGAGUUAGCAGCAGCUGCUCUGAUGGACACAGACCAACCUUAAUCGGAUAGCCGGUGACUGAGGUUCGGUUUGUUCGUGUGUGUGAUGGAGCUCCGCGGUGACUGAACCGGAACCGGCAACAUGUCCAUGGAAGACCCGUUCUUCGUCGUCAAAGGUGAGGUGCAGAAGGCAGUGAAUGCAGCCCAGAGCCUCCAUCACAGAUGGCGUGAGCUGCUGCAGGAGGGGGGCGGAGCCACCAAGGAGGAAAUGGACUGGACGACCAAUGAGCUGAGGAAUAGUCUGCGCUCCAUCGAGUGGGACCUGGAGGACCUCGACGAGACCAUCAGCAUCGUUGAGUCCAACCCAAAGAAGUUCAACCUGGACGCAGCCGAGCUGUCGAAGAGGAAAGCCUUCAUCACCAGCACCAGACACACUGUUAAGGAAAUGAAAGACCAGAUGUCGAGUCCAGCUGCUGCCUCAGUAGACAGAAAGAACAAACAGGCUCUGCUCGGUGAGCGUGGUGCUCAGGGUCUGAUCUGGCAGCCUGGUCCUGAUAAGUACAGCAGACUGGACCGUCAACUGCAGAACGCCAACUCGCAGUUUAUAGAGGAGCAGCAGGCCCAGCAGCAGCUGAUGGCGGAGCAGCAGGAUGAACAGCUGGAGCUUGUGUCAGGAACAAUUGGAGUCCUGAAGAACAUGUCGGAGAGGAUCGGCAUGGAGCUGGAUGAACAGGCCGUGAUGCUGGAUGACUUCACUCAUGAGGUGGACAACACUCAGUCCAGGUUGGACAACGUCAUGAAGAAACUGGCCAAAGUGUCUCACAUGACCAGCGAUCGUCGUCAGUGGUGUGCGAUCGGAGUGUUGCUCGCAAUUCUCUUCGUUGUCAUCCUUCUCUUCUUCAUCCUGUGAUUGAUGCCUCCCCUCUGUCAGCACAGAGUACGUCUUAAAUCUGCAUCUACUGGACCCUACCGGACUCUACUGAACUCUUCUGGACCCUACCGGACUCUACUGUACUCUUCUGGACCCUACCCGACUCUACUGAACUCUUCUGGACCCUACCGGACUCUACUGAACUCUUCUGGACCCUACCAGACUCUGCUGAACUCUUCUGGACCCUGCUGAAGUCUUCUGAACUCUACUGGACUCUGAUGGCUCACUUUGUGUGAAACCAUGAAACAAAAGCAGAAACAGUUCAGUCCAGUAAAGUCCUGGUCCUGAAGCAGCUGGACUGAAGACACUUCAGACGAUACCAUUCUGGGAUUUAAAGGUUUUAAUCAAUGACCUAUGUCAUCCUAAGGGCAGGUAACACACCUGAGGGGCCAAUCAGGCUUCUGGAGAAAUAGAAGGAGACUGAAGCUUUAAUGUAGUUUAACAUCAACACAAACUUCAGAUUAGUCCCAGUUUAAUCCCAGUUUUAUUCCAGUUUCAUCCCAGUGUAACUCCAGUGUAAUCCCAGUUAAAAUCCAGUUUGAUCCCAGUUUAAUGCCAGUUUAAAUCCAGUUUAAUCCUAGUUAAAUCCCAGUUUAAUACCAGUUUAUACCCAGAUUUAUCCCAGUUCCCUGUUCAAUCCUAGUUCAACUCCAGUUCAAACCCAGUUUAAUACCAGUUUAACUUCAUCUUUUCUUUUAAUGUGCAAAAUAAAAUUAAACAAGCAAGUUUAUUGACUUUUUAAAUCUGGAAAUCAGUCUCUUUGUACCAGUUACCACUGGACCCUGCUGGACUAUACUGGACUCUAUUGGACUGUAAAGGCACUUUGGUUCUUUGAGUGUUAGACUGUUAGAGGUCAAAGGUCAAACCAGUUACAAACAUGUUAAAUGUGUUUUAAUGUUUGUUUUAUUUAAAGGGCUGAACAUCACCAGUUUAACUACAGUUUAAUCCCAGUUUUACUUCAGUUUAGUUCCAGUUUAAUCCCAGUUUCACUCCAGUUUUAUCCCAGAUUGACUUCAGUUUAACUCCAGUUUAAUUCCAGUGUAAUCCCAGUUUAACUCCAGUUAAUUCCAGUUUAACUCCAUUUUAACUCCAGUGUAAUCCCAGUUUAACUCCAGUUAACCCCAGUUUAACUCCAGUUUAAUCCCAGUGUAAUCCCAGUUUAAAGUACGGGCGAUGUAAAGUCAGAGGCGUGUUUCUGAGCAUGUUAAUGACGCGUGAACUGGGUGCGACUGCAUCAAACUGGUUUUCAUGGUUUCUGUGUUUCUGAGUCUGUGGGCGGGGCUAAAAUGAUCCCACCCACCUGACUCCUCUGUGGGCGGGGUUAAUUGUCUCAGUGAAUUAUUUGAGUCAUUAUCAUAAAUCCGCCUCCACACGAUAUAAUCACUACAGCAGGUAGCAUCACUUCUUCAGCUCAUCGUUACAUCGUUUUUCUGUCACUUGACAAACUCAGAAAACCUGGAUUUUAAAUAAACAUGAGUCUGGAUGUUAAUCCCAGUUUAACUCCAGUUUAACUUUGAUGUAAUUCAGGGUUCUGGUCGGAGUUUGUUUCUUAGGGCGGGGUUUGUUGAUUGUGGAAAAUAACACUAAACUUUAUGUUUUUGUUUACAUUUUGUGUUUGUUUGUUUUACUGACUGAAUCUUUUUGUUUUGAUGUUGUUUUCCUGAACUGUUUAUUUUACUGCUUUUAUUUUGAAGUCCUGAAUCAGCACAUUGAUCAGUGGGAACUUCCUGCUGCGGCUGCUUCACAAUAAAGGCUUUUCACCAGUGAAACUCUGGAAGGCUUUUACUGUGAAGCAGCUGCAGGAAGUGCAUCCUGAAGGUUAGCGUCCGUUUGAUCAGGUGACAGCAGCCAAUCACAUCAGAGUUAUGGUACGUGUGGCAGUGAAACGUCACGGUGAUGACACGUAUUUCCUGUUAAAGACAGUGUUCAGAACUCAUCCAAUAAAAAUCUAUAUCAGACGUUA